AUGCUCCUCCACGGCCUUCUGCUGGCCCUCCAGGCCAUUCUAGCCUCCUCAGCAGCCAUAACCUCCCCAUCUUCAAACCAUCUCUCAACGGCAGCUCGCGAGAAAUGCCAAACAACCCUCCAAUGCCCCCCAGGCACCCUCAUCGUCUCCAACACCCACCCCCAACUCUCCAACUUCACCACCCUCCAAGCAGCCAUCAAUGCCCUCCCCAACGACAACUCCUCCCAAACCAUCCUCCUCCUCUCCGGCUCCUACAAUGAACAAGUCAACAUCACCCGCUCCGGCCCCAUCACCCUCCUGGGCCAGCAGCCAGACCGCGCAGCCCUAACCGACCCUGCCCGCAACACCGUCAACCUCACCUUCGCCGGCGCCAACAGCGACAGCACCGGCGACAUCGACAACGUCUGGUUCAGCGUCAUGGUCGUAGCUCCGACCCUGGACGCGAGUCUCACCGGCUCCGGCACAACAGGAUAUCCAGUGCCAGCGGACACCCCGUUCGGGAACACUGAUUUCCGCGUGUACAAUAUCGACUUCCGCAAUACCUAUGCGCCGUACUCUGCUGGUCCGGCGCAUGCCAUUAGUUUUAGUCGCUCCAAUGGAGGGUUUUACUACUGCGGGUUCUACUCUUACCAGGAUACUAUCUACAUCGGCAAACUCGGCUCCGCAUACAUGUACAAAUCCAUUCUCGCGGGCCAAACCGACUUCCUAUACGGCUUCGGCACGCUCUUCAUCCAAUCAUCCCAGAUCGUCCUCCGCUCAUGCGGCGGCGGCAUCACCGCCUGGAAGGGCACCAACACAACAGUCCGGAACAACUACGGCGUAUACAUCCACGACUCGACCGUAAACGCAGCGAACACCUCCAUCGCAGAACAAAUCAAGGGAUCCUGCGCCCUAGGCAGACCGUGGAACUCACUGCACCGAUCCAUCUUCGCGAACACAUACGAAGACGGGAGCAUCGAGCCAUCGGGAUACAUCAACUGGGAGGAUCGGUGGAGUAAAAACGAGACGCUGAUGGCGGAGUAUAAGGCGUACGGGCCAGGAUUCAACCUCACAGGGAGGAGAGAGAGCGAAGUGUCAGUGUUAUUGAGUAGCAGCGAGGAGGAGAGGUAUCGGGAUCCGAGCAGGCUGUUUUUGUUCGAGGAUGGAAGGGAGGGCAAUGUGGCGUGGAUAGAUUGGGAUGUGGUCUCCUCUUGA